AUGGAUGGCGGGAACCAUGUGUGGCAUCUUGGUGCCAUGUGUUCCCCAGCAAAAACACUGUCUGUGGGACUAGGAGCCAAGGAUGCUGAUAAGUUAUUUAGGCAUAGACCAUUCAAAAAAGACCUCAAGUGGUGCAGAUCUCCUAGGCACAUCAAGCGACCCAUGAAUGCAUUUAUGGUCUGGUCCCAAACCAAAAAACAAAAGAUCAUGGUCACCUAGGAGUUUCCAAUUUUCUAAGACAUGCACAAUGCAGAGAUCUCCAGGCACCUUGGAAAAUGCUGGAAACUCCUUAGAGAUUCUGAGAAGAUACCACUGAUCAAGAGGUUUUAUCUAAAACACAUGGCUGACUACCCUGAUUACAAGCAUUGUCAAACAAAAUAACAGCCCCUGAAAUUUAGCAAGUCUUAUUAGUCAGUCAGCCUCACCAGAACAGGGUUUAAAGUUAAACCAAAUGCCUCCAUACAAAAACUGAAUUGCAGUGGCAAUGAAUAUAAGAGCUAUAACAAGAACAUGAGUUAUGGCAACACAGUGGAUAUAAACUUGCCAAGUCCAGUAACUGAGCAAGAUGAUCACACCCAGACCAUCCUCCACCAUUAG